UCAACUAAUAUGUAUAUGUAAGAUAAUAUUUCGAAAUAUGUAUGUGUGUAUGAGAGAGAGAAAGAGAGGGAAAGAGAGAGAGAGAGAGAGUAUCUCUAGCACCGCAAGCUCGAAACUUAUCUAAAAAGACGAAGGAAGGGGUUGUGCUUGGUGCACGGGUUCGUUCUACGGCGCAAACUCGAGCUCGUCCUUGUUCCCUCCCACUCUGCUAAGGGGAUAGAGGUGGAGCUCUGCCUACUACCCGCCAAUACAUGUCCCGGCUCUCGGUAUACGUUUGCCGCGUUACCCCGUCGCUUCAUCAGUCCUUUUACGUCCGAAAACGCGCGCGAUCUACGCAACCCCGGUUCUCCUUCGGUGUGUGCGUUGCGUGCGUACGUGCGUGCGUACGUACGUGCGUGCGUGCGUGCGUGCGUGCGUGCGUGUGUGUGUUUGUGUGGGUGCGUGCGUGUGCGUGUGCGUGUGCGUGUGCGUGUGCGUGUCGUGCGCAUUUCUUGCGUUUGUCGCGCGAACGCGCGCGUUACGUGUACGUGUACGUGUACGUGUACGUUUUUACAUUUUACAUACGUUUGUGCGUACACGUUUGUGUCUCUACGUACAUUCGUGUGUGUGCGUGUGCGUGUGCGUAUCUCUGUGCGUUUCGUAUAUAUUCAGAAUCAAAGAAAAGAGAAGGGAGAAAAGAAAAGAAAAGAAAAGAGAAGAAAGGAAGAAAGAAAUCGAGAGAAAUAACGAACGCAGUAAAGGAAGGAAGGAAGGAAGGAAGGAAGGAACAAGAAAGAAAGAAAAAAGAAAAUUUACGCGUUAACCUAUUUUCUUAUCAUCCGUCAUCAGCCAUCUUUCAAAAACAAAGAUCGACGUACGUACGUCCGUCAAAAAGAGAUAACGCGUAUCAAUAAACUUCGGACAGAAUUGCUGGUUACAUAGAUAUUUGAUAGAUAAUGACAAGCUAUUAUCAUAUAUAUUAUUAUGGAAAAGAUCGAUUACAUCGAGGGACCCAAUUUGUUGAAGGUGUCAAUUUGUAAUCCACGAAUUUUAAAUCGGAUUGCACAUGUGCCGUAGUCGUUACAACUUACAACACUACUUGUCAUAGUAUUUGGAUGAGAAGAAUACUUGGACGUUGGACGAAUGAGAAACGACAAAAUGGAUACUAAAACUCUCCGAAUCGUUUCUGGUCUUCUUUUUUGCAUCUUUUUGGGCCCACAUGUCGGACAGGCGAAAAAUGGACCGAAUUAUGGAAGAGAGAUCGGUUCGUUUCAAGAAUAUGCACACGGUAUCAAAGGGAUUAUAUAUGCUGCAGACGAUAGUACGAUAUUCAUAAAAGGAUUCUCUUAUGAUGGAAGGGGUCCAGACGCAUAUUUUUGGGUCGGUAAUAGUACAAGACCCAGUCCUGACGGCUACAUCGUACCAUAUCCCGAAGAUUACAAGGGCAGAGAUCCACCAGUGUUGAAGGCGUUCGACAAUACUGAUAUUGUCUUAAGGUUGCCACAAGGGAAACGCUUGCGAGACAUUAAAUGGCUAAGCGUAUGGUGCAGGAGAUUUACCGUCGACUUCGGUGACAUUUUCAUUCCAUUGGAUUUAGACAUACCAAAGCCACGAGUUUUGCCUGAAUUUUCAAGACUAGCGCACGGCCUUCGUAGCGGUAAUAUCAGCAUCCUCGAUAGUAAAACCAUCUAUAUUCCCAAUUUGCAUUACGACGGUGCUGGUCCAGAUGCCUAUUUUUGGGUUGGAAAUGGCUCCGAGCCACAUAUUUUGGGUGUUAAAGUACCCAACGAAGUAGGAAGUUUGGAACCUUUAAGAGGAUAUCAAGGAGAAGACAUAGAGAUAGUUCUUCCAGAAAAUUUGACCGCCCAUGAUAUCGACUGGUUAGCUGUAUGGUGCGUCCAAUACAAGCAAAACUUUGGACAUGUUCUAAUACCAAAGGAUCUCGACGUACCUCCUGCUCUUGGCCAAACGAAAAUUACGCCGCACUGGUGGUACAAACCGACAAGCAGUACGUCCGAGCCGGCUACGUCCAAACAAGGAUUAAGCAAUUGCAAGGAGUUGCUCGAAGGACGUGUACAGGUGCAAUGGGAGUUGAUGGGUGAGGACGUGCAGAUUCAAGUUUCAGGUCGUAUCAAGGAGGACCAAUAUGUAGCAUUCGGUCUAUCCGGUGAACAGGAUAAGCCUGAAAUGCUCGGUGGCGAUGUCGUUGUCGUAGCUUACAACAAGAAGACCGGGAAAUUUAUUGCCGAGGACUAUUACAUGUCUGAUAUUUCUCAAUGCGAUGGGAAAAAGGGUGUAUGCCCUGACGAAAGGGUCGGUGGUAAAAACGAUGCAAUUUUUUUGCACGGUGAAAGAAGGAACGGCAUUACAACAGUAACUUAUAUGCGACCCUUACGCACGAACGAACCCGAAAAUGACAGGAUGAUCCCUGAAUCCGAAACCAGCGUGAUCGCUGCUAUUGGUUCUCUCAAUUCAAGGGGAGAAGCCAACGCUCAUCAGGCUUUCGACGUGACUACCGAGGAUAUACGUAUCGACUUUACGUCGAAAAAUGUCCACGAGUGUACUAAUUCCCUAUACAACAUCCCCAACACGUCUGACAUUGAACCCUGGCCACAAGCCGUGAUCAACGAUGAAGAUACCUUCAGUGCUAGGAUUGGACCAACCGGUGGAAUGAGAGGAUAUUCGCGUAUAACGGGUGAACCAUCAUGGGGUAUCGCAUGGUAUAUCAAUGAUCUAUUAAUACCAAAGAUCACUGUUGAAAGAGGACGAUCCUACACAUUUAUCGUAGAAGGUGGAAACGAUCCUGUCAAUCCGGCCAGAUAUCAUCCAUUUUAUAUAACCGAUAGCCCUGAAGGUGGUUUUGGACAAAAAACUGAAUCUCAACAAAGACAACAAAGAGUGUUUGCAGGUGUGGGAUACGAUAAUGAAGGAUAUCCUUUUCCAACUGCAGCUGGUCGUUAUUGCGAAUGGGUUCAUAAGACAACAGACAAAAGUAAAGAAUCUGAAACGUUCAAAGCCUUUUUCCAAACAUUAAGAUUGGAAUGUGAUGAGGGUGAUCCUGCUAAACUCGAAUGGACUGUACCAGACGAUGCACCAGAUCUAUUAUAUUAUCAGUGUUACUCGCACAACAAUCUUGGUUGGAAGAUACACGUGAUCAACCCCGGCGAAAGACUUCAAAUAAAUGCCAGUGGUUUGAAGAAACAUGCUUCGAUAUCGACAAUAAUAAUUGCCUCUAUCAUCGCCGUCGCAUUUGCGUUCUUAAGAUGAAUCAAAAACGAAUCAAUUUGCCGUUCCUUAUAUAUUCUCUUUAAGGCAUUAUUGCUCUCGUGCUAAUAAGAAUAAGAAUAAGAGAAAGAAAAAGAAAAAUAUAAGAAAAAUUCAUCAGAAUUAAUAAUGAAUAGUGACAAUAAAAUGGAGAAAAAGAAAGAGAGAGAAAGAAAGAGAAAGAGAGAGAGAGAGAGAGAGAGAGAAGAGGAAGCACGAGAGAAAAAUUGUAUAACGACAAAACAAACAAACAAGAACAAAAAGAAAACAAAAAUGAAACACGAUACAAGGUUGUAAGAAAGUCUUUAGUUUGUAAGAAAUUUAAUUGUAUACAAAACAGAUUAGAAAAGUAUUUUUAAGACCUAUCAGAUUCAAUAUUUCAUAUUAUACGAUAUACAUACAUACAUAUAUGUAUAUAUAUAAAUAUAUAUACAUUCAAGACAAUAUUAACAUAUAUAUAUAUAUACAUACAUAUAAAACUAUACAUAAAAAACAAAGAUGAGAGAGGAAACAAAUUCUGACAAUAAGAUCGAUUCUGAGAAUAUAGAAAAUAUUGACAAUAAUAAUUAAACGAUAUGACGGACAAUAAAUACGAGUCUUGAAUAAUAUCUGGACAAUAAUAAUAACGAAAGAAAACAUUCCUUUCGUUUGGGAGUAUCGUUGAUGGUUCUUUAUCAGACAUACAUACAUAUACAUACACACACAUCUAUAUAUAUAUAAAUAUACACGAUACUUUGAAUAAUACAUACAUAAGUAUCCAUCGUAUAUGACCGACCGAUAUUACGUAUCCAUAUACAUAAAUAUUAUAUACAUAAGUAAUAACUGAGUAUAUAGAGGUAAACGCGAUCGGAUUGUUAACUGGGAUAGUCGGUUAUAUAAAUAAAUAUAUAAAUAAAUAAAUAAAUACGUACGUAUAUACAUACAUACAUACAUACAUACAUACAUACAUACAUACAUACAUACAUACAUACAUACAUACAUACAUACAUACAUACAUACAUACAUACAUACACAUAUACACACACACAUAUAUAUAUAUAUAUCUGUACAAUGUAAAUUUUGCACAAAGCUAUAUAGUUGGAUUUAACGUAAAUACACAUCAUUAUCAUUAUCAUCGAUUUAAAUUGUAGUAGUUUAAGAGAUAUACAUUUAUAAAUGCUGUCGACUUGACAAUAAUUCGUAGGAUAGCCAAUCGAAAUGAGAUCGGGUUUAAAUAAGAAAUGAGAGUGGAUAAGAAUUGCAUAAGAAAAUAUUGGAAAUAAUGAACUUUAAAAUAAGAAACUCUUUUUAUCUUUUUUUUUAUAUAUAUAUAUAUUUUUCUUUUUUAAUUUCUUUUUUCUUCGCGGGAAGGCUGGGGCUAGGCGAAGCCUAAUUAAAAAACUUAACUCCCAUUUAAGAUAUAAUAUACUAUAACGUAUAGACAUGAUAUAAUAUAAAUAUAGACAUAUAUAUAUAUAUAUAUAUACACACACACAUAUAUAUAUAUAUAUAAACUAUGGAGUGGACCUUCCUACUACGGAUUGAUAGUAUAAAAUGUGCCUUGGGUGCAGAUAAUAAUAACAAAAAGAGAAAAACAAAAAGAACAAACGAAGAAAAAAGCAGAAAGCAAGAAAGAAAGUAAAAAAGAAAGUAAAAAAAAAAAUAUGUUUAUUUAUUUGAAUUAGGACCCACUCGAACAGGAGAUACCCUGUAGUACUUAGGAACUGGUUUCUUGCGUGCGUGAGAAAAGCAAGAGCACGCGUUUGAAUUAUACCGUCUUCUAUUAUAAUAUAUUAUAAAAAAAUGAUUUACCUGCGGUGAGGUCAAUAAAUAUAUAAAUAAAUAAAUAAAUAAAUAAAUAAUUAAUUAAUUAAUUAAUUAAAUACAAAAAUGCGCACAACGAGUAUGUAUUAACCUAUUUAAUGAGGCUACAUAGAGCACGUACGAUGAAAUCGUCGAUUGCUCUCGAAGAAAAUCGAUCUUCUUCAAAUGAAUGAAAGAAAAAUAAGGGAAAGAUAAAUAAAUAAAGAAAUAAAUAAAGGAAGAGAACUGCUUUUAUCUAAAGUGUGUGCGUGCGUUAAGCGUAUGUACAUACAUUAGAAAAAAAAGAGGAUAUUACCACGCCAUAUAGAAAAACUGAAUGCAACCAAGAAAUCAACAAAAUACAUAAUCACUUUAGAGAGAGAGAGAGAGAGAAAGAGAGAGAGAGAAAGAGAGAGAGAGAGGGAGAGAGAGAAAGAAAAAGAUAUAUAUAUAUAUAUAUACAUAUAUAAGGAGAUGUAGUAUUAAAAAGAAAGUAAUUACAAUCUCUAAUUAACAGACGUGUGUCCAGCUUCUAAGUACCGCCGGGGUAUCCUCUAAAUUCUAAGCAAACUAAUUCUUUGCGAUUUAUAAUGCUUAUAUUGCUCGAAGACCACUAGAUAUUUAAUAUUAAAAUGAUAAAAGAACAAAGAAAGUUAAUAACACUAAGCUAUACAGUUAUUGUAUGCUAUACAUUUAAAUAUAUACAUUAGAAAGAAAGAGAAAAAGAGAGAGAGAGAGAAAGAGAGAGAGAGAUAUGUGUAAAGAUACUAUACACAUAUACACGCACACACAUGUAACACAGAUGCUGAAUAUGAAGAAGUCGAAAAAAACUUUUGGAACGAAAAUUAAAGAGAAUCGAUUAAGCGGAUAAAAAAAAACGAUAAUAAAAAUUGAUUGUUGAUUAGAGCCUAAUAUCUACGUGUUAAAAAAAUAAAUAAAUGAAAAAAGAUUAAAAAAAUAAAUAAAUAAAUAAAUAAAAAUAAAAAGAAAAACGCGUUCUAACUAAGUUAAGAUAAGAGACAAUAAUAAUUCAAGUAAUCUCGAUAUUUCGAUGUUAAUAUCAAUUUUAAUUCUCUCGGACGACAUAGCGAAGUAUAAUGAACGAUAAUUUUUUGUGCCGUAUCUUAUGAUAUUAGUGCCACAGUUCGUUCAUUCUUUCGUUUCUUCUAAAAAAGAAAAAGAAGAAUAGAAAAAGAAAAGGAAAGAUUCUAAUCAUUGGAAAAUAAAGAAACAAACUAAAAUUAAUAAAAAAAGGAAAGAAAACGUAAAAAAAUAAAUAAAUAAAAAGAGAAAGAGAGAGAGAGAGAGAUGGUAGAAUAACAAGUUGGAUUCAAAAAAGAUUCAACUUUCUCUGUGAGACAAUAAAAAAAAGAACGAAACAAAACAAAACAAAAAUGAUCAACUUGCAAAAAUAAAUGAUGAUAAUAAUAAUGGGCUGUUCUGUAAAAAGAAAAUUAAAAAAAAAAAGAAAGAAAAAAUAAUAUCCGCCAUCGUUUCAAAUUUGUAAAAGAAGAAAAACGAAAAGAAAAAAAAAAGAAAUUUUGUCUUAAUAUUGAAAAGUUUCAUAUCUUUGUACGGGUAAUGCCGUCUUGUAAUCGUACAAAAUAAUGAAAAAAAUAAAUAUCAAACAAAAGAAAAAGUAAAAUAGAAGAGAAGAGAAAAAAAGAAG